AUGUCUCUGCCCACCACCACCGUCGCGUGGUCGCGGCCCUUGCAGCCUGCCUACAACACAGUCGCCCCUCGGACCUCUUUGCAACCCGUACCUGCUUCAGUAGGGCUCAGUCACUACCCCAGGCAUCAACGCCAGGCUGACACAUCAUCGCAGUCAGAGACGGGUAACGGGGCAACCAAGGGGAAAAAGGUCGAGUGGCCGCCGGCUGUGCGCGAGUACGUUCGCCGUGCCUUCGAUCCUGCCAACGCCAUACCUGGCAUCUCUAGCGCAGAGAUGCAGGCAAAGCUCAAAGACACGAUCAGCUACUAUGCUGAACGAAAUGCACACGAUGAAGUUCACUGGCCAUCAUAUCCUCUCCCCCAAGAACUGCUUCGCGAGGAGCGAAGACAUGCUGCGCUUGCCACUGCAUCUGCUAAUGGCUUUGCCAAUGGAUCCCACCCUGCGUUUUCACAUGACCCAUCCGGACAAGCUAACCCCACUACACCGUCGUCUAAGAAGCGCAAGUCUCAAGGUGCGGACGAGCUGCAGGCGCAGCAGGCACAGGCUUCUGUUCCUCCAUGGCGUAAAACUAACCUAGAAUCUCGUAUGACUUAUGCCGACGGUCCCAGCGAAAAGCGCCAGAAGAAGACUGUUCUUCCAGACGCCACCAGUAAGUUCGAUCAGGCCGAGCUGGAGAAACGACGCCAGCGCUUCAAUCUCGGAAAUGGCAGCCGUAAAUCUUCUCCGCCAUGGGGUUCCAAGGGCGAUGAUGAGAUGCCAAGUGGGCCAGUCAUUGGCACGAACCAGAGUCUUGAAAAGAGCUACUUUCGUUUGACUGCGCCACCGAAAGCCGAGACUGUUCGGCCUCUCCAUGUGCUUGAAAAGACUCUGGCCAUGCUCACGAGGAAGUGGAAAGCGGAGAAGAAUUACAACUACAUUUGCAACCAAUUCAAGUCUCUCCGCCAGGAUCUCACGGUCCAGCACAUCAAGAACGCCUUUACAGUCAAAGUGUACGAGAUCCAUGCGCGGAUAUCCUUGGAGAAGGGCGACCUGGGUGAGUAUAACCAGUGCCAGACGCAACUCAAGGCGCUGUAUGCGCAGCAGCUGGGAGGAAAUCCAGCCGAGUUCAAGGCGUAUCGCAUUCUCUAUUUUGUUUACACGUGCAACAAGACCGACAUGAACGACAUGUUGGCAGAAUUAACCGACGCAGACAAAUCCCAUGAAUGGAUCAAACAUGCUCUAGACGUUCGUUCUUCCCUUGCGCUUGGCAACUACCAUAAGUUCUUUAGACUCUAUCUCGAAGCCCAGAACAUGGGCGGCUAUCUCAUGGACAUGUUUAUCGAGCGUGAACGCCUCAAUGCCCUUGCUAAUAUCUGUAGAGGGUAUUCCAAUGUAGCUCUUCGUUUCCUCACUGACGAACUUGGGUUCGAAAGCGAUGAGACGUGCCGUGAGUUCAUCGAAUGCCAUGGUGCCCAAAACAUCAUCGAACAAAAAGACGGCAACCCAGCUCGCGUCAAGGUCCGAGAGGCGGCGUCUCACUUCGAAAGUCUUCGUGCUGCAGCCUUCAGCAAAGUAGAUAUCAAGGGCCAGAUAUGA